AUAAGGGCGUGAAAAGUGGGGUUUGUUACCGACCAUCCGACUGGUUUUCAUUGGCGGGGCAAGCUCGGUGAAAUGACUUACUGUCUUCAAUCUCCAUCCUGAUUGACCCUGGUAAGUAUUUUAAGUACUGCGCGUAUUACCCACGUUAUUGAUCUGCAGUCAUCAUCUAUAGUUUCAGUUUCAUAGACCCGGAUUACUCAACCGAGCAAGCAAAAUGGCAUCUCCUUCGUACGAACUAACUCCAUAUGGAGCACCUAUGUUGAAGCACUUUCUGUUGGAUCCCAAAUAUAAGAAUCUCAACCAUGGAUCUUUCGGUACAUAUCCAGCCCAGGUAAAACAUGCGCUUCGGAAGUACCAGGACGAACUCGAAGCGAGGCCAGAUUCUUUCAUCCGCUACACCCAGGGUGAACUGCUGGAUGAGUCACGUCUGGCAACUGCCAAGAUUCUCAACGUCCCUGUACAAGAAGUGGUGUUCGUCAAGAAUGCCACAACCGGAGUGAACACCAUCCUCCGAAAUCUCAGCUAUGAAGAGGGAGAUGUGAUUAUAUACUUCGCGACCAUUUACGGGGCCAUUGAGAAGAUGAUCACCUCGUUGACCGAAACCACCCCGCUCCAGGCAAGAAAAGUGGACUAUACUUGCCCUAUCAGCCAUCAGGCUCUUGUGCAGAAGUUCAGAGAUGUUGUGGAACAAGCUCGAUCGGAAGGAUUAAACGUGAAAGUAGCGGUCUAUGACACUGUGACUAGUCUUCCGGGUAUGAGGUUUCCUUUUGAGGAAUUGACCAGAGUUUGCAAGGACGAAGGCAUAUUCAGUGUCAUUGAUGGCGCUCAUGGAAUCGGACACAUUCCAUUGGACCUGAAGGAGUUACAACCGGAUUUUUUUACAAGUAAUCUGCACAAAUGGCUCUACGUCCCCCGUGGUUGUGCGGCUCUUUACGUUCCUCUGCGUCAUCAACAUCUGAUCCGCACAACACUUCCAACCUCCUGGGGCUUUAUUGCGGAUCCCACGUCAUCCACGGCGGACAAGCCGAAUAUCCUGACGCCGGUAGGGAGCAAACGGUCCGCGUUCGAAGAGCUUUUCCAGUUUGUAGCUACGAGCGAUGAUGCAGCUUAUCUGACAGUCCCCGAGGCCGUACGCUUCCGCACUGACGUAUGCGGCGGACAUGACGCUAUCUUCAAAUACCUGGAGGAGCUCGCGACCCAAGGCGGUGACAUUGUUGCAGCUGCACUCGGCACGGACGUCCUGCAGGAGCCCGAUCUCCGGCCCGGGGAAAGGAGCCAGCUCCGUCGGUGCGGAAUGUCCACAGUCCGAUUACCGAUCGCGGUUGGUGGACAGGAGAAUGGAACGUUGUCGUCACCUUAUCCUUUGGUGGCUGCUGCCGAUGUCAGCAAGGUGGUGCAUUUCCUCCAGGUGACUUUAAAAGAUGAGUUUGACACCUUUGUUCCGGUUUUCCAACACGGUGAUUGGUUGUGGACGCGUCUGAGUGCUCAAGUCUAUCUGGAGGCCAAGGACUUUGAGUGGUUAGGCGGAGUGUUGAGGGGUUUGGUGGAGAGGGUCAGGCAGGGAGAAUACCGGGCAUAAUCCCCCUAGACUGUAUUGGGUAAUGCUUGAGAGCUGUGGCGCCCGCCAAUGACGGUCAGACCGAGAGGCGGUGCACCUCCAACCUUCCGGCCUGAGGCAAAAGGCUUCAACCUUCGCAGUCUAACGCGAAACUGCUUAGAAUACGACCGAUCCGCGUCUUCGUCGGACUCACAUGUACUCCAUGAGUAAUGAUUAUUCAACAUUUUCUCUCCUAAAAACGUCAGUGAUCUAUCGCCUUCUCUAUGUAUAUUGCUCCUAGUUUGAUUGAGA